AUGCAUAUCUCCAACGUUAUAUCUCUGGGGGCCUCCCUCCUACCCCUCUUAGCCUCAGCUGCAACUCUCACAGUCCCAGCUCAGAUGGCUGGAGCCACAGACAUUCCCGAUUUCUCAAACCCUUACCAUCGCCCCUCUUUCGACGAGCAUCUCUUCCCACCACCUGGAGUAGUCAUCGACAAGUCCGAAAAGGCUCUUAAGAAGCGUCAGAAGGGUGCUGCAAACUUUAUCGUGAACAUGUGUCGCGACACAACUCAAUCGAGCUGCGACGCUGUCUGGGUCUCCGCCGCCCAAUUCUGCUAUGAUAAUGAACAUUGGUUCGGCUGGAGCGGUGACCCGGGUACCUUCCUUAGUGCCAAGAUCGAGGGUACUAUGUGCUGUGCUUUCUAUGCCGAUAAGACUUGUAAUAAGGCUGGUGGUCACGUUGGAUGGCUAGCUCAGAUCUGCGAAAAGGACUCUGGGGACGGGUUGUUGAUCAAGGGCGGGACAGUGUUUUCUUGGAUGUGUAACAUGCCAUAUGGUAGUGCGAAUGUCAAGAUGGACUCGUCGCCGGCAGAUGUCAGCGCGGUUCCUGGAGCUGGCGGUACUGGUGCUCCAGUUGCUACUCAGUACGCGCCGUAA